AUGUUUAAAAAAAGCAGAAAAGUUGGCAAGCGGGGCGAAGACGUUCAAAGCACUCCUAGCGGCGUUAGAGAAGGUCAACUUGGAGUUAUCACAACACUCUACCCACCUUCAGGGCUGGUCUCAGAAGGUGGACAUUCGAAUCGGCGAUCUGUUGGCCUCAUCAAGAGUGCUGUCAAAAGGCGAAUGCGUCAGGGCGAAGUUGGAUAA